AUGUCGUGGAAGAAGACAGACAAGUUGAUGGACACCAUCAGGCAUUACGCCAGUUUCCCGGCUACUGGCGUGAGCUUGAGGCAGAUGGUCCAAUUUGGAGAGAAGCCUUCUGUCGGAACCCUCUUCCGUGCCUCGCAGUUCCUCGCCGAGGAGCUGCCAAUUCGCCUUGCCCACCGCGUCCAAGAACUCGAUGAGCUACCAGAUGGCCUUAACGACAUGCCCUCCGUAAGGCGGGUGCAAGAUUGGUACGCACAGUCGUUCGAGGAACUUACACAACUCCCACGACCCGACCUAGAUAGAAGCACAAAGGAAAGACUCCUGAAACCAACCAAGUCGUACGGCAAAGGCUCCAUGUUGUCCGAGGCGACAAGAAACCCCAGUAUCGAAGAUGGGCAAUACGCAUCCCUCCCGCAAUCCAACGGAAACGGAAAUGGCUUCAAGGCCGUUGCCGCGAGGAGAUACUUCGCCAUGGUAGACGACACGGGAGAUUGGCCAGCCGAGUUACGAUUAUACAACGAGAGAUUCGCAAAGGCUCUGCAUGGCAUCAAGAGAAGACACGAUGGCGUCGUCACAACGAUGGCCCAAGGCAUCUUAGAGUACAAGCGCAAGAGACAGCGCAUGCAGAUUGACAACAACAUCCAGUCAUUCCUCGACCGCUUCUACAUGUCGCGUAUAGGCAUUCGUAUGCUUAUCGGCCAGCACAUUGCUUUGACCGACCAAAGCCAUCACCGCGACCCUACCUACGUCGGUAUCAUCUGCACCAAGACCAACGUUCAAGACCUCGCACAGGAGGCCAUUGAGAACGCACGCUUCGUCUGUGAGGAUCACUACGGACUUUUCGAAGCCCCGAAGAUUCAGCUUGUGUGCAAUCCAAACAUUAACUUCAUGUACGUCCCGGGGCAUCUGUCACAUAUGCUCUUUGAGACCCUCAAGAACUCGCUGCGCGCCGUCGUUGAAACCCACGGUCAGGACAAGCAAGAAUUCCCCGUGACAAAGGUUAUCGUCGCGGAAGGAAAGGAGGACAUUACCAUCAAGAUCUCGGAUGAGGGCGGCGGCAUCCCACGAAGCGCUAUCCCCCUUGUCUGGACUUACAUGUAUACAACUGUGGACAGGACACCGAACCUCGACCCGGACUUCGAUAAGAGCGACUUCAAGGCGCCAAUGGCCGGCUUUGGAUAUGGACUGCCCAUCUCACGUCUGUACGCACGCUAUUUCGGCGGUGAUUUGAAGCUUAUCAGUAUGGAGGGAUACGGCACGGACGUGUACCUCCAUCUAAACCGUCUAUCCAGCUCAUCAGAACCAUUGCAAUAG